UCGGGGCGGGGCAGGCGCGGCCGCCCUCCAGCUCCGGGCAGCGCGGGGCCGCGCGGCCGCCCCGAGAGAUGUUCAACCGCGCCGUGAGCCGCCUCAGCAGGAAGCGCCCGCCGUCAGAGAUAAAUGACAGCGAGGGUCACCCAAGCAGCAGCCGCCAGAGCUUGAAAGGAACCUCAGAAUGGGCUACAUCACUGGAGAACCUCCUUGAAGAUCCAGAAGGAGUUAAACGAUUCAGGGAGUUCUUAAAGAAAGAAUUCAGCGAAGAAAAUGUUUUGUUCUGGUUAGCGUGUGAAGAAUUUAAGAAAACACAGGGAAAAAAACAGAUGCGAGAGAAAGCAAAAGAAAUAUACAUGACUUUCCUGUCAAGUAAAGCUUCCUCCCAGGUCAAUGUUGAAGGGCAGUCGCGUUUGAAUGAGACAAUUUUGGAGACACCUCAUCCUCUAAUGUUUCAGAAGCUGCAGGAUCAGAUAUUCAAUCUCAUGAAAUACGACAGCUACAGCCGCUUCUUAAAGUCAGACAUAUUCCUAAACCAUAAGAAGUCUGAGGAGCAAGAGGAGAAUUCAUCAGAAGCUCAGACUGCAGCUAAAAGAGCAUCGAGAAUUUACAACACAUGAUACAAUGGAUCUCAUUAGGAGAGGCAAUAUAAUAAUUACAUUACACUCAGGAACAGUCUAGGUUUAUAAGCAGUUGCAUUUAGGGCUUGAAAAGUUCAAAACCUUUUUAGGAUACUUACCUUCUUAAUUGCUUGAAUGACUAAUUGUUUUUGCAAGACAGCAAGUAACCAAGCACCUAUCGAAAGACUGUUUCCUAGCUAAAAGGCUGAGCUAUUCCUCCACAGUAUGAAUUGCAUUCAAUAUUUCAUAAGUUGAGCUUUCAAUGUCUUUUUUUUUUUUUGUGGAGCAUCAUGAUGCAAAGAAACGGGAGAUAGGAUGUAGGGUCUUUUGUCAUCCAUGUGAGGUUGUUGUUUUUAAAUGUUUGCCUUCCGAUUUUUAUUUGUGCCUGGCUUUUACUUUCCACAUUGUUGGGAGCAACUGUUGAGGAGUGUGCUUUAAGUUAUUUUGUGGAUGAAUCGUUCAUAGGAAACCAAAAUUGAGGGACAGCAUCUUUUAGGGUUAGGAUCAAUAGAAUCCAAUCUGACUCCUCUCUUAAAAUGUCACUUUUUCUUUCAAAGAGAUAGAUGCUUUGCUUUGCCUUUAGUUACAAAUCAUAACAAUUUCCUAGUCAUGAUUUUCUUUUCUGUUUUUCUUAAAUUCCUACACUGUUUUUGCUGUAGACAAUCCUUCUUCACAGAAUGGAAUCUAUGCUACCUUUGGAACCAAAGUUCUUAAAUAGAUGGAAUCUCUGAGAAACUCCUAACAGCCAUUGGGAAAUUUGACAGUUGAGAUCCCACUUCGGAUGCGCCCAGUUCAGCACGUCCUGCAUGUCAGCUCAGUUGUCUGUCACAUCAGCAUCAGGUGCCAGUACUAGAAAGCAGCUGUGUUUUCCUAGGCCACCUCAGUCCUGCAGUGUGACAACAGUCAUUCUCCAGAGGGCCAGCCAACGAAGUCUGACUAGGUUUUAUUAAAAUCUUUCUACUAAAGUCAACUUGCCAGUGUUACGAAAUUGCAAUUACAAUUGGAAAAGCAGAAAUAGCUACAAGCUGUAUUUAUGAGUGUAAAUGUAUAGACUAUCUCUGUUUCACUUUCAUUAUUUACUCUAAUUUUUUGCACUGCUUGUCUUGAUCUUCUGUUUAUGUACUGGCUAGUCAGAUUGCACAGUUAGGUUUUCAUAUAGUUUUGUUAUUUUUGCUUGGGAAGAUCGUAAAUGUCACACAUUGCUUUCACUAUCAGUGUUUUUAAAACUAGGUUUGGGCUGUAGAUUUUGAGGAUACAGAUUCUUUUCAUGGACUUGAUUAUGACUUCGCUUAACUCUGUUCCAUUCUUGAAGGUUAUGUGUAGAGAAAAUGGUUUCUGGGGGUUUGUCUCAUAUUUUAGAGCAGGAAUGGAACUUCUGAUUCUUCUCUCAGAGCUAAACAGCCUGUUCAUUCUUAGGAAAUUAAAUUUUAAAAAGGAAAUGAUAGAACUCCCCCUAUAUGCACGUUUUAAGAUGAAAAUUGCAUAAAAAUUACCUUUUAUGCUCCCAGAGGAUUUAAAAGUGAAGUCAUACUCUUGCUUCGGGCACUUUCAGUGUUGUCUGUUCUCAUACUUCUGUUGUAUUUCAAUGUUCUGCUGAAUAGGAAUGAAGUGAGUAUGUGCAUCCUUUGUUUUAAUGCAGCUUAGGAACUGCAACUGUCCAGUUCUGGACUUGCCAACUGUUUGUAAUCUCAGGAUCACCUCUUUUGAAAAUUGACUAUCACAGUGAACUCUUAACCCCUUCCACUGCAAGGGAUGGAACUUCUGAUGCAAUUAAGUCCUUGGGAGUGGGCUGCUCGAACACAUUUAGGAGCUAAGAUUUGUCUCUUCCCAGUAAUUAUGGCAGAAGUCUGUGUGAUGUAGGAAAAUGUAGGGUGGGGACCUUCAUAGGGAAAGUGCAGAAUGAAUUCUUACCACAUUCAUCACAGGGAUGUGCAGGAGAUUCAUUUUAAAUCAUAUUGAUUUUAAAAAUGCACAAUUAACAGAGAAAAGUCUUUGACAACCAAGUUUUAAAAUAAUAACAAUAAAUUAAACCAGAGGUUGUAUGAACAAUGGUAGGGCAUCAAGAGAACAUACUUGUAUGUAACUGCUCAUAAACAGCUCUUUCCUUUGCAAUAUGUUCACUUUUCAUGUACUGUAUUAUUUGCUUGGUAACAGCAAAUGCUUUGUGGGAGCAGACACAAAGGUGCUCUAUUCUGCUACCAGCCAAAAGCUACCCUAAUAUAAGUGAGUUUUUUUAGCAGCACUUCAAUGCUUGUGAUGUUUAUUUCAGUGUCUGUGAUGUUUUAAAGAUAAUAUACCUAAAUCCACAAAAUUCUUAAUCUUUGUAUUUCUCUUUUGCCUCAGCCCUGAAAAGUUUGUUGCCCAUUGUCUAUCUUUCCAAGAGUUGUGGUGUCCCACUGUGGGUUUUUUUUGUUAAAGAAGCAGCAACUAGAGUUGCAGAAAUCAAAUUUGUACUGAGUAGAUGGACUAUAUUGCUCACUGAGAGAACAAAUGGAGAAAAACAGUGCAAGCGCUGUCUGCAAUUGCAGCACGUACGUACGUGGAGAAUGUUAUUGGUUCCUGAUGAUGUAAUCACUGAUCCAACUUUGUGAAAUAUAUGUAUUUCUCAAAGAGACAUAUAACAAAGUGCACAGACAAAAGAAAACGCUUCACUAUGAGUAAAUCCUGUGUUCCAGUAAUAACUGUAAACUUUGUGUUGAACCUCAUGCUGUGAGUAUUGAUUACUGCUUUAUUUAGAGGUUAAAGACAGGAAAGGUCUACUUUUAUUCAUAGAAUUUAUGCUGAAGAUGUAAGCACAAAAAGCUGCCUGAUCACACGUCUAAAACUCUUCCUUAAUGUGUGUUUCUCUGCUAAACAUUAAAAUAUUCUACAAGUAUACUAAACCUGU